AGUUGCAAAAGCAUUGUGUGUACCGCUGUCAGCUAGCUGUCUCUGCUAGCAAUAUACCAAAGUUUACAGCGCAGGCAGAUCUUGAAUUUUGGGUCACGUUUCCUGCUGAGUUUUUCCAACAUAUCUCACAGUGUUUGGUUUGUCAAAACAUUAAGGUGACGUUUUAGGUACAGCGCAGCUAGCCUGCUUUAAGUACAGGCUGGUGAAUGUGGUUCUACAGUAGCCCCGGCUUAGCUCGUUAGCUAGCUUAUCAGCGACAACAAACAGGAGGAAUGAACCAUAAAAGUAAGAAGAGGAUUAAAGAGGCGAAACGGAGCGCCAGACCCGAGCUGAAGGAUUCUUUAGACUGGAUAAAACACGGUUAUUAUGAGACUUUCGAUGUGUCACUCCGCACCGUAAAGGACAAUGUAGAGCGUGUGGACACCCUCCAUUUCAGCCCUGAAGAGUUCAUCCAGCGCUUCGAGCGGCCCUACAAACCUGUCGUCCUGCUCAACUGCCAGGAGACCUGGCCCGCCAGAGAAAAGUGGACCCUGGAGCGCCUCAAGCGAAAGUACCGUAACCAGAAGUUCAAGUGUGGCGAGGACAACGACGGCUACUCUGUGAAGAUGAAGAUGAAGUACUACGUGGAGUACCUGGAGUCCACCAAAGACGACAGCCCGCUCUACAUCUUCGACAGCAGCUACGGGGAACAUGCCAAGCGCAGGAAGCUGCUGGAGGACUACGAGGUGCCGGUCUUCUUCAGGGACGACCUGUUCCAGUUCGCCGGAGAGAAGCGCAGACCGCCGUACAGGUGGUUUGUGAUGGGUCCGGCCCGUUCUGGUACCGGCAUCCACAUCGACCCGCUGGGCACCAGCGCCUGGAACGCCCUGGUUCAGGGCCACAAGAGGUGGUGUUUGUUCCCCACCAACACGCCACGAGAACUGAUCAAGGUGACCCGAGAGGACGGCGGGAACCAGCAGGACGAGGCUAUCACCUGGUUCAGCGUGGUCUACCCUCGCACACAGCAGCCCACCUGGCCCGCCGAGUUCAGGCCGCUGGAGAUCCUGCAGAGGCCCGGAGAGACGGUCUUCGUUCCUGGAGGAUGGUGGCACGUCGUCCUCAACCUGGACACGACCAUCGCCGUCACACAGAACUUCGCCAGCACCACCAACUUCCCCAUCGUUUGGCACAAGACUGUGAGGGGUCGACCCAAACUCUCCAGGAAGUGGUACCGGAUCCUGAAGCAGGAGCGUCCGGACCUGGCGGCGCUGGCAGACAAAGUGGACCUGCAGGAGUCCACGGGCAUCGCCUCGGACAGCUCCAGUGACUCUUCAUCUUCAUCUUCUUCCAGCUCGUCUGACUCCAACUCCGAUGCGGAGUCGGGCUCUGAGGGUGACGCCAUGACUCAUCGCAGGAAGAAGCGGCGUACCUGCGGCAUGGCGGCCAACGGAGACACCACCAGCCAGGACGACUGCGUCAGCAAGGAGAGGAGCUCGUCGCGGUGAACCGCAGCCUCCUGCCGGCCUCCGGCGGGGACACCAGACCUGAACGGAGGACGUCUGGCUGGCUCUGGAGAUAAGAUGGCUGCCGCAGAGCGGCGAGGAGUAGAUAAGGAGGAGUGUCCUCUGGGGCGUGUAUCUGCUGGAGACCUGCCACCACUGUGCUUUCCAACACCGAUCAAUUAUCUGUCUCUUCUGAGAGAAGAACUGGGCUGAUGAGAAGUUUCCAGAAUCACCUCUAACUGUAAAAUCUCGUUUCCCAGGGCAACCAGCCUGGUUUCUCUAGUCUAACAUCAUUUACCGCCUGCUGCAGCUGCGCCCAACCGCCUGUUUUCAGGUUUGGACGUGAUUAUCAGCUAAUUUGCACAGUUAUCUUCUAAUGCUGCGUUCAAGUCCACUCAGAGGUUCCUGAAAGUCCCACUGAGGAGCUCAUCUUCCUGCGAGGUGGACGUGAUUUUGUUUUAGUAAAUGAAACCGACAGCUCUGCUGACACCGAGGCGCACUCACAAAUCCACGUUUUAGCAGCUCAGAUCUGCACUUUUACAGCAGUGACACGGUAACAAAAACAGGUUUUAAAAAGUCUGAAUCCUCCUGGUUUCACGGUGAGGGAUGCUGCAUUUAGGGACUAUUUCCUUUUGGAUCUGUUACCGCUGCUCAAACUGCUGUGAAACUCCAGACCUUUAUCUGGAUUUAUGGCUCCAGGGUCGGCAUGUUGGAGGGUCGGGUAGCCGCGGAUACUCCACCCACCUGCGGUGUGCCAGAUCUGGCCUCCAGCUGAGAGGAGAUGAUAAUCCAUCUCCAUUUAGCUUUCCAAUUGGACAGCUGGAGGCCGCCUGAGACCAACGUCCUGGUCCUUCAUAAUCAAAUCUCCAGCUGCAGGUCACCUGAUUCAGUAUCACUUAUGUUAGGUAAUUCCUGAAACGCAGCAGCAGUGAGGAAAACCGUCCCGACAUCCAACUACCGCAGGCGGUACGCCGCUUCGGAAGUCUCUACAUCCACCUGCUGCAGGUGAGACGUGUCUCUGUCCAGGUGGUUCUGCAGAUAAACUGGCGUCAGAGUUUCUGUCUGCAUGUGUUCGGAGGUGGAGACGAUGAAGCUGCAGCAGAUUUCUUCAUCUUUUCUGUUUUUUUCUGUUUGAUUGAUUUUCCAACUGAAGACCUUUGAAGAGGCUUUUAACAGGACUUCCUGUAAGUGUGACCCGUUGGGGCGUGCUGGUGCCAACCAGAGCCUCGAACAUCUUCAGAUGUCCUGCUUCGUUAAGGUGAGAAAGUCGUAGGUUGUCUGGUGAUGGAGCUUCUGCAGCUUUUUCCAGCAGAAGCUUUUAAGGUCACCUGUGAAGCGUCUGCGUAGAUGUUGAAGUGCCUGUAAACGUCCGUCGGCUGUGUGGUUGUGACUGACUGUCGGGGCUGUUUUUAAUUGGUCCUGAAGAGGAUGUAAAGGCACUCUGUCGGUCUCCGAGGCCAGCUGUCACUCCGUGCCUUCACCUGAAGCUCUCCACCUCGUCAUCACCUGAACUGACCUGCACAUUGAACAUCGGUGAGGGUGAGGAAGGGGAGCCUCUUCGUCUUUUUGGGACGGGACGCUGAUAUGAUCAGUUUCUUUCUGUUGCUCAAUAAAACUUUUCUACAACUUAGAA